CCCCCCCCCCCCGCCAAAGAAAUUAAGGGCAUCUUGCAGUCUAUCCCUGCUGGAAGAAGAAAAGCAGUUUUUCCACCAUGUUCUAUUAUCCCAAUGUUUUGCAACGCCAUACCGGCUGCUUUGCUACUAUAUGGCUGGCAGCGACCGGUGCAACCAGAUUGCUCAAGAGGGAAUACUUGAAAGUCAACAUCCCACAAACAUGCGAGGAGAUCAUAGCCUUCAUACUUGUGCAGGUCCCGCCCAUCAUCCCCGGCACUCCCCGGCCCCGAUUCUCACUCUACCUGUCUGCCCAGCUGCAAUACGGGGUAGUCCGUGUCUACAACCGCCAAUGCCAAUACCUCGCAGAAGAGAUCCAGCAGAUCUUGGAACGGCUCCACCGAGCGCAGCAGCAAAUCCGCAUUGACUUGACAGACCUGGAACAACCAAUGCUGCUUCUCCCGGACCAGCUGACCCUGAUGGAAACCCUGGAGGAAGCUCCGGACCCCUUCUUUGGAGUGAUGGUCCCGGCGCUGCCGAGCCCUGUCUGCAUCCCACAUGUCAGGCGCAUCUUGGAAGCCCCCACCCCUGAAAAAAGCCCGCUGACGCAAUCUCCACAACCACCUCCUCUGCACCGGAGAGCAGACUUUAUCGAAGUUCGGUUAUCCAUUAAGUCACCCCUAACCAAUAUCUCAUCUUUGCCCCAAGGAGAGUUGCACCUCACCGUCUCGCCAGAUGAGAUUACCCUCAAAGAAGCUGAGCCCAUCAGAUUGCUGCAGAUUGAGGGCGAGCAAGAUCUGCCCGAGAUCACGGUCCGGGAGAUCGAUAUGCUGGUCGAACAGGAAAGGUUUGUGGUGCACGGUGAUGAGGGGCCCCCGCUGUCGCCCACGGUUUCUCCCAGGAAAAGGCACGCUGAAGAAGGUGAGAGAGUCCCUGGAAGAAGUCAGGAAGAGAGAGCCGUCCAUGUCGUUGGGCCUGUCCCCUCCCACUCGCCUGCUUCUCCCCACAGAACUGAGAAGGAGCCGUCAGCUGCAGGGGAGACAGGAGUUCUGCUGGAAGAGGAGGCCCGGCCUUUAUUAGAAGCCCCUUUGGUGCCUCUGGAGAUUACGCCCCCGAAGCCUGGAUUGGCACCUUCUCCCCCUUCACCCCCCAUUUCGCCAAAACAUCAGCCCCCUCUGAGCCCCGAGCUCCUCCUGCCUGCCUACGAGCCGUCCCCAGCCCGCCCCACCCGGCGACGGAGGCAGCUGCGCUUCGUGGAUGUGGUGACCCAGAUACCCCGGGACGACUUUCAGAAGCAGAUCUUGGACCCACAGACGCAGUGCCAGCCCCUGGAGACGGUGCUGUUGCCAGCGAAGAGGCUGAGGACCCCUGCUGAGCUCCUGAGCACUCCAACGCAUGGAUGGAUGCACCCCACCCUCCACGGCCUCUGGGCCCACUGCGCCCACCUCCAGUGGGUGGAUUAUGCCAGGCAGAGAGCGAGGGAGGAAACGGCACAGAGGAGGGAAGAAGAAGAGCAGCGGUCCGCGGAGGUUCCCAGCGAGCUGGAGGUGCUGCGAGAAGCUGAAGAAGCGAGCGUGCCGCUGGUGGGCUCCUCAGAAAUCUCCCUCGAGACCACCGAAGAAGAGAUCCGGGCUAGUCUGGUGGCUGCCGAGGAGAGGAUCCUCGUGGAACCCGAGGAAGGGAUGCUCCCCAUGGUGCCCGAACUUCCUGAAAUCAGCUUCGAGCUGCCGCUGGACAAGGACAUGCUCACGCUUGCUGAUGUGCGCAGGCUGGUGGCCGCUAAACUGCAGCAGUUUGGAGAGACCGAGUUUGAACAGCUGGUGCCUCUGAGAGUUUCGAGGGCCGUCGCCAGCCGGUUCUUCUACCUGUGCCUAGUCCUUGCCGGAGGCCACUACUUCCGCCUAGAGCAAGCGGAGCCCUUCGGCCCGAUCCUGCUCAAGCCCGGCGCCCGCUUCUACCCCAGCUAGCGGUUCCUGCCCAUCGCUGCCCGC